CGCGCAGGGGCCCGGCCACUCGGAGCAGCUCCGCCGCGGGGACUGCACCGCCCGCCCUGCCGGACCCGCCCCGACCGGGGCUCGCCGCCUGCAACAGCCGCAGCACCGCGACCUCGGGCUCCGCGCCGGCUAUGGCUGUGCCCUGGGGCUGAGCGCGCAGAGCAGCUGGGGCGGGGCUGCGAGCGAGCCACCUGUUGAGUGAGAACCUGAUCGUGACCUUUCCCCUAGACAGUGUGACCGAGAUUCCCAAGAGAUAUCCUGAGGAGAGAAGAGGAAGGAGGGGCGGGCUCCUGGCAAGGCAUCCGCUCCUGACCCAAGUCCUGCGAAGAUGGAGAAAGAGGAGGAGACGACCCGGGAGCUGCUGCUGCCCAACUGGCAGGGCAGCGGCUCCCACGGGCUGACCAUCACCCAGAGGGAUGAUGGCGUCUUUGUGCAGGAGGUGAUGCAGAACUCCCCUGCGGCCCGCACUGGGGUGGUCAAGGAGGGGGACCAGAUUGUGGGUGCCACCAUCUACUUUGACAACUUGCAGUCGGGUGAGGUGACCCAACUGCUGAACACCAUGGGCCACCACACCGUUGGCCUGAAGCUGCAUCGCAAGGGGGACCGGUCCCCUGAGCCUGGCCAGACCUGGACCCACGAGGUCUUCAGUUCCCACAGCUCCGAAGUGGUUCUGAGCGGGGAUGACGAGGAGUACCAGCGCAUCUACACCACGAAGAUCAAGCCUCGGCUGAAGUCAGAGGAUGGAGUGGAAGGGGACGCUGGGGAGACCCAGAGCCGCACCAUCACGGUGACCAGGAGGGUCACAGCCUACACUGUGGAUGUGACAAGCCGUGAAGGCGCCAAGGACAUUGACAUCAGCAGCCCAGAGUUCAAGAUCAAGAUCCCACGGCAUGAAUUGACCGAAAUCUCCACUGUGGAUGUGGAGACCCAGCCUGGGAAGACAGUGAUCAGACUGCCCUCGGGCUCAGGGGCCGGGUCUCCCACCACAGGCUCCACCGUGGACAUCCGAGCAGGGUCCAUUUCCACUGCGGGCCCAGAGUUGCCAGGGGCUGGCCACUCGAAGGUCCAGGUCACCGUGCCUGGGGUAAAGGUGGGAAGCCCGGGUAUCAGUGUCAAUGCCAAGGGCUUGGACUUGGGUAGCAAAGGAGGGAUCCAAGUCCCAGGGGUGGACGUUUCGUCCUUUCUUGGGGGCGUGGCCGUAGAGGGGCAGGGCCCAUCUCUUGAUGGGAAAAUUAAGUUUCCCACCAUGAAGGUGCCAAAAUUUGGUGUCUCAGUAGGGCCUGAGGGCCAGGCCCCCAAGGCAGGGUUGAGCGUUUCCCCCCCUGAACUCUCUGUGGGGCACAAAGGUGGCAAACCAGGCUUGACCAUUGGUGGAAGCAUCCAGACCCCUCAGCUCGAAGUCAGUGCUCCCUCUGCCAAUAUUGAGGGGCUUGAGGGGAAGUUGAAGGGCCCCCAGAUCACUGGGCCAUCCGUUGAGGGUGGUCUAGGCCUGAAAGGUGCCAAGCCACAGGGGAGUUUAGGGGUGGACAUCUCUGUGCCCCAAAUUGAGGGCAGCAUCUCUGGCUCCAGGGUGGAAGUUCAAGGUCCUGACAUUGACAUUCAUGGGCCUGGGGGCAAAGUGAAUGUACCCAAGGUGAAGGCCCCCCAGUUCUCUGUAUCAGGUUCUAAGGGAGACAGGCCUGGCAUUGAUGUGACACUGCCCACAGGUGAAGUGACGCUUCCUGGGGUCUCUGGGAACGUCGACCUGCCUGAGGUUGUUUCUGGGGAUCUGGAAGGGAAGUUGAAGGGUCCUAAAAUCAAGGCUCCUGAAAUGACUAUUCAGAAACCUAAAAUCUCCAUGCAAGAUGUGGAUCUGAGCCUUGGGUCCUCUAAACUGAAAGGAGACAUUAAGGUUUCUGCUCCUGGGGUGCAAGGUGAUGUUAAAGGCCCUCAAGCGGCAGUUAAAGGUGCCAAAGUGGACAUAGAGACACCCAGCCUAGAGGGAACCAUGACUGGCCCCAAACUUAGUGGUCCUUCUGGGAAAGCAGGAACCUGCAUGAUCUCUAUGGCAGACGUAGACUUGAAUGUGGCCGCACCAAAAGUGAAAGGGGGUGUUGAUGUUAUGCUUCCAAAAGUAGAGGGGAAAGUCAGUGUCCCUGAAGUUGAUGUCAAAGGCCCCAAAGUGGAUGUGAGUGCCCCAAAUGUGGAAGUUCAUGGUCCGGACUGGAAUCUGAAAAUGCCCAAGAUGAAAAUGCCCAAGUUCAGCACUCCAGGAGUCAAAGGGGAAGGACCAGAUGUAGAUGUGAGUCUCCCCAAAGGUGAUGUCAGUAUUUCAGGGCCCAAGGUCAAUGUGGAUGCCCCAAAUGUCAAUAUCGGGGGCCUGGCAGCCAACCUUAAAGGCCCUGAUGUUCAGCUGCCUGAAGUGAGUGUCAAGACACCAAAGAUCUCCGUGCCUGAUGUGGAUUUUCAUGUGAAAGGCCCAAAAGUAAAAGGAGAGUAUGAUGUAACAGCACCAAAACUUGAAGGAGAGCUGAAAGGCCCCAAAGUGGACAUCGAUGUCCCAGAUGUGGAUGUCCAGGGCCCAGACUGGCACCUGAAGAUGCCCAAGAUGAAAAUGCCCAAGUUCACUGUUCCAGGGUUCAAAGCAGAGGGCCCUGAAGUCAAUGUAAACCUGCCUAAGCCUGAUGUGGACAUUUCUGGGCCCAAGGUAGAUGUCAGUGCUCCAGAUGUGAGUAUUGAGGGACCAGAGGGGAAACUGAAAGGACCCAAGUUUAAGAUGCCUGAGAUGAAUAUCAAAGCACCAAAGAUUUCCAUACCAGAUGUGGACUUACACUUGAAAGGCCCUAGUGUAAAAGGAGAAUAUGAUGUCACAGUGCCAAAGGUUGAAGGUGAGAUUAAAGUUCCUGAUGUUGAACUUAAGAGUGCCAAAGUGGACAUUGAUGCUCCAGAUGUGGAUGUUCAUGGCCCAGACUGGCACCUGAAGAUGCCCAAGAUGAAAAUGCCCAAGUUCAGCAUGCCUGGCUUCAAAGGAGAGGGCCCAGAAGUGGAUGUGAACCUGCCCAAGACUGACAUUGAUAUUGCUGAACCCAAGGUGGAUGUUGAAGGUCCAGAUGUGAAUAUUGAAGGACCUGAAGGAAAGCUAAAGGGUCACAAGUUUAGGAUGCCAGAGAUGAAUAUCAAGGCCCCCAAGAUCUCCAUGCCUGAUGUAGAUUUGCAUGUGAAAGGUCCCAAGGUAAAGGGAGAAUAUGAUGUUACAGUGCCAAAGCUGGAAGGGGAUCUGAAGGGGCCCAAAGUAGACCUCAGUGCACCAGAUGUUGAAGUUCACGGUCCCGACUGGAACCUGAAGAUGCCAAAGAUGAAGAUGCCCAAAUUCACCAUGCCCAGCCUUAAAGGAGAAGGCCCAGAAUUGGAUAUGAAUCUGCCCAAGGCGGAUCUUGACAUUUCUGCGCCAAAGGUAGAUAUCAGUGCUCCAGAUCUGAGCCUUGAAGGGCCAGAAGGAAAGUUGAAAGGCCCCAAGUUUAAGAUGCCUGAGAUGCACUUCAGAGCUCCUAAGAUGACCCUGCCAGAUGUUGACAUGGAUCUUAAAGGACCCAAAAUGAAAGGCAGUCUCGAUGUGUCUGCACCAAAAAUAGAAGGUGAGAUGAAAGCUCCAGAGAUGGACAUCAAAGGCCCCAAAUUAGAUGUUAAAGCACCAGAUGUGGAAGUUCAGGGUGCAGACUGGAGUCUGAAGAUGCCCAAGAUGAAAAUGCCUAAAUUCAGCAUGCCCAGCUUCAAAGGCCAGGGCCCAGAUGUGGAUGUGAACCUGCCUAAGGCUGACAUUGAUGUCUCUGGGCCAAAGGUGGACAUUGAAGCCCCAGAUGUGAGCCUUGAGGGGCCUGAAGGAAAGCUCAAGGGUCCUAAGUUCAAGAUGCCUGAGAUGCACUUCAAGGGCCCCAAGAUCUCCAUGCCUGAUGUGGACUUAAACUUGAAAGGCCCCAAAGUCAAAGGGGAUGUGGAUGUGCCUGUGCCCAAGAUAGAAGGUGAAAUGAAAGUGCCAGAUGUGGACAUCAAAGGCCCCAAAGUGGACGUUGAUGUCCCAGAUGUGGAUGUCAAGGGCCCUGACUGGCACCUGAAGAUGCCCAAGAUGAAAAUGCCCAAGUUCAGCAUGCCUGGCUUCAAAGGAGAGGGCCCUGAGGUGGAUGUGAACCUGCCUAAAGCUGAUAUUGACAUCUCUGGACCCAAGGUGGACAUAGAAGCCCCAGAUGUGAGCCUUGAGGGGCCUGAAGGAAAGCUCAAGGGUCCUAAGUUCAAGAUGCCUGAGAUGCACUUCAAGGGCCCCAAGAUCUCCAUGCCUGAUGUGGACUUAAACUUGAAAGGCCCCAAAGUCAAAGGAGAUGUGGAUGUGUCUGUGCCCAAGAUAGAAGGUGAAAUGAAAGUGCCAGAUGUGGACAUCAAAGGCCCCAAAGUGGACGUUGAUGUCCCAGAUGUGGAUGUCAAGGGCCCUGACUGGCACCUGAAGAUGCCCAAGAUGAAAAUGCCCAAGUUCAGCAUGCCUGGCUUCAAAGGAGAGGGCCCUGAGGUGGAUGUGAAUCUGCCUAAAGCUGACAUUGACAUCUCUGGACCCAAGGUGGACAUUGAAGCCCCAGAUGUGAGCCUUGAGGGGCCUGAAGGAAAGCUCAAGGGUCCCAAGUUCAAGAUGCCUGAGAUGCACUUCAAGGCCCCCAAGAUCUCCAUGCCUGAUGUGGACUUAAACUUGAAAGGCCCCAAAGUCAAAGGGGAUGUGGAUGUGUCUGUGCCCAAGAUAGAAGGUGAAAUGAAAGUGCCAGAUGUGGACAUCAAAGGCCCCAAAGUGGAUGUUGAUGUCCCAGAUGUGGAUGUCAAGGGCCCUGACUGGCACCUGAAGAUGCCCAAGAUGAAAAUGCCCAAGUUCAGCAUGCCUGGCUUCAAAGGAGAGGGCCCUGAGGUGGAUGUGAACCUGCCUAAAGCUGAUAUUGACAUCUCUGGACCCAAGGUGGACAUUGAAGCCCCAGAUGUGAGCCUUGAGGGGCCAGAAGGAAAGCUCAAGGGUCCCAAGUUCAAGAUGCCUGAGAUGCACUUCAAGGGCCCCAAGAUCUCCAUGCCUGAUGUGGACUUAAACUUGAAAGGCCCCAAAGUCAAAGGGGAUGUGGAUGUGUCUGUGCCCAAGAUAGAAGGUGAAAUGAAAGUGCCAGAUGUGGACAUCAAAGGCCCCAAAGUGGACGUUGAUAUCCCAGAUGUGGAUGUCAAGGGCCCUGACUGGCACCUGAAGAUGCCCAAGAUGAAAAUGCCCAAGUUCAGCAUGCCUGGCUUCAAAGGAGAGGGCCCUGAGGUGGAUGUGAAUCUGCCUAAAGCUGAUAUUGACAUCUCUGGACCCAAGGUGGACAUAGAAGCCCCAGAUGUGAGCCUUGAGGGGCCUGAAGGAAAGCUCAAGGGUCCUAAGUUCAAGAUGCCUGAGAUGCACUUCAAGGGCCCCAAGAUCUCCAUGCCUGAUGUGGACUUAAACUUGAAAGGCCCCAAAGUCAAAGGGGAUGUGGAUGUGUCUGUGCCCAAGAUAGAAGGUGAAAUGAAAGUGCCAGAUGUGGACAUCAAAGGCCCCAAAGUGGACGUUGAUGUCCCAGAUGUGGAUGUCAAGGGCCCUGACUGGCACCUGAAGAUGCCCAAGAUGAAAAUGCCCAAGUUCAGCAUGCCUGGCUUCAAAGGAGAGGGCCCUGAGGUGGAUGUGAAUCUGCCUAAAGCUGAUAUUGACAUCUCUGGACCCAAGGUGGACAUUGAAGCCCCAGAUGUGAGCCUUGAGGGACCUGAAGGAAAGCUCAAGGGUCCUAAGUUCAAGAUGCCUGAGAUGCACUUCAAGGGCCCCAAGAUCUCCAUGCCUGAUGUGGACUUAAACUUGAAAGGCCCCAAAAUCAAAGGAGAUGUGGAUGUGUCUGUGCCCAAGAUAGAAGGUGAAAUGAAAGUGCCAGAUGAGGACAUCAAAGGCCCCAAAGUGGACAUUGAUGUCCCAGAUGUGGAUGUCAAGGGCCCUGACUGGCACCUGAAGAUGCCCAAGAUGAAAAUGCCUAAAUUUAGCGUGCCUGGCUUCAAAGGAGAGGGCCCUGAGGUGGAUGUGAAUCUGCCUAAAGCUGACAUUGACAUCUCUGGACCCAAGGUGGACAUUGAAGCCCCAGAUGUGAGCCUUGAGGGGCCAGAAGGAAAGCUCAAGGGUCCUAAGUUUAAGAUGCCUGAGAUGCACUUCAAAACUCCAAAGAUCUCCAUGCCUGACAUUGAUUUAAACCUCAAGGGCCCCAAGGUGAAAGGGGAUGUGGAUGUUUCUCUGCCCAAAGUUGAAGGGGAUCUGAAAGGGCCCGAUGUGGACAUCAAAGGCCCCAAAGUGGAUGUUGAUAUCCCAGACGUAGAUGUUCAAGGCCCAGACUGGCACCUGAAGAUGCCCAAGAUAAAAAUGCCCAAGUUCAGCAUGCCUGGCUUCAAAGGAGAGGGCCCAGAAGUGGAUGUGAAUCUGCCCAAGGCUGACAUAGACGUCUCAGGACCGAAGGUGGAUGUUGAAGUUCCAGAUGUGAACAUUGAAGGUCCCGAUGCAAAAGUAAAAGGUCCUAAAUUUAAAUUGCCAGAAAUGAAUAUAAAGCCUCAGAAGAUAUCCAUGCCAGAUGUCAGUUUGCAUUUGAAAGGCCCUAAAAUGAAAGGAGAUUAUGACGUUACAGUUCCAAAAGUAGAAGGAGAGAUUAAAGCCCCUGAUGUUGACAUCAAAGGUCCAAAAGUGGACAUUAAUGCACCAGAUGCAGGAGUUCAUGGUCCAGACUGGCACCUGAAGAUGCCCAAGGUGAAAAUGCCCAAGUUCAGCAUGCCUGGCUUCAAAGGAGAGGGCCCAGAAGUGGAUGUGAACUUGCCCAAGGCUGACAUUGACAUCUCAGGACCCAAGGUGGACAUUGAUGCCCCAGAUGUAAAUAUUGAAGGUCCAGAGGGGAAACUAAAGGGUCCCAAAUUCAAGAUGCCAAGCAUGCAUAUACAGACGCACAAAAUCUCUAUGCCUGAUGUUGGACUUAACCUGAAAUCCCCUAAACUUAAAACUGAUGUAGAUGUUUCUCUUCCUAAAGUGGAAGGAGACUUGAAAGGUCCUGGAAUUGAUGUGAAAGCCCCCAAAAUGGAUGUGGAUGUUGGUGAUAUAGAUAUUGAAUGUCCAGAAGGAAAGCUUAAAGGGCCCAAGUUUAAGAUGCCCGAGAUGCACUUCAAGGCUCCCAAGAUCUCCAUGCCUGAUGUGGACUUAAACUUGAAAGGCCCCAAAGUCAAAGGGGAUGUGGAUGUGUCUGUGCCCAAGAUAGAAGGUGAAAUGAAAGUGCCAGAUGUGGACAUCAAAGGCCCCAAAGUGGACGUUGAUGUCCCAGAUGUCGAUAUCAAAGGCCCUGACUGGCACCUGAAGAUGCCCAAGGUGAAAAUGCCCAAGUUCAGCAUGCCUGGCUUCAAAGGAGAGGGCCCUGAGGUGGAUGUGAAUCUGCCUAAAGCUGAUAUUGACAUCUCUGGACCCAAGGUGGACAUUGAAGCCCCAGAUGUGAGUCUUGAGGGGCCAGAAGGAAAAUUGAAAGGCUCUAAAUUUAAGAUGCCUAAGUUGAAUAUCAAAGCUCCCAAGAUCUCCAUGCCAGAUGUGGACUUGAAUUUGAAGGGACCAAAACUGAAAGGAGAGAUAGAUGUUUCUGUGCCAGAACUAGAAGGUGAUCUCAAAGGUCCUCAAGUUGACAUCAAAGGUCCCAGUGUAGAUGUGGAGGUGCCUGAUGUUGAUCUGGAGUGUCCUGAUGCAAAGUUGAAAGGUCCUAAAUUUAAGAUGCCUGAGAUGCACUUCAAGGCCCCCAAGAUUUCCAUGCCUGAUGUGGACUUACACUUGAAAGGACCCAAAGUCAAAGGGGAUGUGGAUGUGUCUGUGCCAAAAUUGGAGGGAGAUUUGAAAGGCCCCAGUGUGGAUGUGGAGGUACCUGAUGUUGAUCUGGAGUGUCCUGAUGCAAAGUUGAAAGGCCCUAAGUUUAAGAUGCCUGAGAUGCACUUCAAGGCCCCCAAGAUCUCCAUGCCUGAUGUGGACUUAAACUUGAAGGGCCCCAAAGUCAAAGGGGAUGUGGAUGUGUCUGUACCCAAGAUAGAAGGUGAAAUGAAAGUGCCAGAUGUGGACAUCAAAGGCCCCAAAGUGGACAUUGAUGUUCCAGACGUGGAUGUCCAGGGCCCGGACUGGCACCUGAAGAUGCCCAAGAUGAAAAUGCCUAAAUUCAGCAUGCCAGGCUUCAAAGGCCAGGGUCCAGAUGUGGAUGUGAACCUACCCAAGGCUGACAUUGAUGUCUCUGGGCCAAAGGUGGACAUUGAAGCCCCAGAUGUGAGCCUUGAGGGGCCUGAAGGAAAGCUCAAGGGUCCUAAGUUUAAGAUGCCUGAGAUGCACUUCAAGGGCCCCAAGAUCUCCAUGCCUGAUGUGGACUUAAACUUGAAAGGCCCCAAAGUCAAAGGAGAUGUGGAUGUGUCUGUGCCCAAGAUAGAAGGUGAAAUGAAAGUGCCAGAUGUGGACAUCAAAGGCCCCAAAGUGGACGUUGAUGUCCCAGAUGUGGAUGUCAAGGGCCCUGACUGGCACCUGAAGAUGCCCAAGAUGAAAAUGCCCAAGUUCAGCAUGACUGGCUUCAAAGGAGAGGGCCCUGAGGUGGAUGUGAAUCUGCCUAAAGCUGAUAUUGACAUCUCUGGACCCAAGGUGGACAUAGAAGCCCCAGAUGUGAGCCUUGAGGGGCCUGAAGGAAAGCUCAAGGGUCCCAAGUUCAAGAUGCCUGAGAUGCAAUUCAAGGCCCCCAAGAUCUCCAUGCCUGAUGUGGACUUAAACUUGAAAGGCCCCAAAGUCAAAGGAGAUGUGGAUGUGUCUGUGCCCAAGAUAGAAGGUGAAAUGAAAGUGCCAGAUGUGGACAUCAAAGGCCCCAAAGUGGACAUCGACGUCCCUGAUGUGGACGUUCAAGGCCCUGACUGGCACCUGAAGAUGCCCAAGAUGAAAAUGCCCAAGUUCAGCAUGCCUGGCUUCAAAGGAGAGGGCCCUGAGGUAGAUGUGAACUUGCCCAAGGCUGACAUUGACAUCUCUGGCCCUAAGAUUGACACUGAAGGCCCAGAUGUUAACCUUGAAGGACCAGAAGGAAAGUUGAAAGGUCCUAAGUUCAAGAUGCCAGAGAUGAACAUCAAAGCCCCCAAGAUCUCUAUGCCUGACUUUGAUUUACACCUGAAAGGUCCCAAGGUGAAAGGAGAUGUGGAUGUUUCUCUGCCUAAGGUGGAAGGUGAUCUAAAGGCCCCUGAAGUUGACAUCAAAGGCCCCAAAGUGGAUGUUGCUGUCCCAGAUGUGGACGUUCAUGGCCCAGACUGGCACCUGAAGAUGCCCAAGAUGAAAAUGCCCAAGAUUAGCAUGCCUGGCUUCAAAGGAGAGGGCCCAGAAGUGGAUGUGAACCUGCCUAAAGCUGACAUUGACAUCUCAGGACCCAAAGUGGACAUUGAAGGCCCUGAUGUGAGCCUUGAAGGUCCUGAAGGUAAGCUCAAGGGUCCUAAGUUCAAGAUGCCAGAGAUGAACAUCAAAGCCCCCAAGAUCUCCAUGCCUGACUUUGAUUUACACUUGAAAGGUCCUAAGGUGAAAGGAGAUGUGGAUGUUUCUCUGCCUAAGGUGGAAGGUGACCUAAAGGCUCCUGAUGUUGACAUUAAAGGCCCCAAAGUGGACAUUGAUGUCCCAGAUGUGGACGUUCACGGCCCCGACUGGCACCUGAAGAUGCCCAAGAUGAAAAUGCCCAAGUUCAGCAUGCCUGGUUUCAAAGCAGAGGGCCCAGACAUGGAUGUGAACUUGCCCAAGGCCGACAUUGAUGUCUCGGGACCCAAAGUGGACAUUGAAGGCCCUGAUGUUCAUCUUGAAGGACCAGAAGGAAAGUGGAAAAGCCCAAAGUUUAAAAUGCCUGAAAUGCAUUUUAAAACUCCAAAGAUAUCCAUGCCAGAUAUUGAUCUUAAUCUGACAGGUCCAAAGAUAAAAGGUGAUGUGGAUGUCACGUGCCCCAAGGUAGAGGGAGAUUUUAAAGGGCCUGAAAUUGACCUCAAAGGUCCCAAAGUAGACAUUGAUGUCCCUGAUGUGGACGUUCAAGGCCCUGACUGGCACCUGAAGAUGCCCAAGAUGAAAAUGCCCAAGUUCAGCAUGCCUGGCUUCAAAGGAGAGGGCCCGGAAGUGGAUGUGAACCUGCCCAAGGCUGACAUUGAUGUGUCAGCACCCAAGGUGGACAUUGAAGGCCCUGAUGUUAACCUUGAAGGACCAGAAGGAAAGUUGAAAGGUCCUAAAUUCAAGAUGCCAGAGAUGAACAUCAAAGCCCCCAAGAUCUCCAUGCCUGACUUUGAUUUACACCUGAAAGGUCCCAAGGUGAAAGGAGAUGUGGAUGUUUCUCUGCCUAAGGUGGAAGGUGACCUAAAGGCCCCUGAAGUUGACAUCAAAGGCCCCAAAGUGGAUGUUGCUGUCCCAGAUGUGGACGUUCAUGGCCCAGACUGGCACCUGAAGAUGCCCAAGAUGAAAAUGCCCAAGAUUAGCAUGCCUGGCUUCAAAGGAGAGGGCCCAGAAGUGGAUGUGAACCUGCCUAAAGCUGACAUUGACAUCUCAGGACCCAAAGUGGACAUUGAAGGCCCUGAUGUGAGCCUUGAAGGUCCUGAAGGUAAGCUCAAGGGUCCUAAGUUCAAGAUGCCAGAGAUGAACAUCAAAGCCCCCAAGAUCUCCAUGCCUGACAUUGAUCUUAACCUGAAGGGCCCCAAAGUGAAGGGAGAUGUUGAUGUGUCUUUGCCAAAAGUGGAAGGUGAGAUGAAAGUUCCUGAAGUGGAUAUUAAAGCCCCCAAGGUGGACAUUGAUGUCCCAGAUGUGGAUGUUCAUGGCCCCGACUGGCACCUGAAGAUGCCCAAGAUAAAAAUGCCCAAGAUGAGCAUGCCUGGCUUCAAAGGAGAGGUCCCAGAAGUGGAUGUGAACCUGCCCAAGGCUGAUAUAGAUGUCUCUGGACCCAAGGUGGACAUUAAUGUUCCAGAUGUGAACAUUGAAGGUCCAGAUGCGAAACUGAAGGGUCCCAAGUUCAAGAUGCCAGAAAUGAAUAUCAAAGCUCCUAAGAUCUCCAUGCCAGAUCUGGACCUUAAUCUUAAAGGCCCUAAAGUGAAAGGAGAGGUGGAUGUUUCACUUCCAAAUGUAGAAGGUGAUUUGAAAGGGCCUUCUCUUGACAUCAAAGGGCCGAAGAUGGAUGUAGAUGCACCUGAUAUUGACAUUCAUGGCCCAGAAGGCAAAUUAAAAGGUCCAAAGCUGAAGAUGCCUGACAUGCAUGUAAACAUGCCCAAGAUCUCCAUGCCAGAAAUUGACCUGAAUUUGAAGGGCUCAAAACUUAAGGGAGAUGUUGAUGUUUCUGGGCCCAAAUUGGAAGGUGAUAUUAAAGCUCCCAAGUUGGAUAUAAAGGGCCCAGAAGUGGACAUUUCUGGUCCUAAGCUGAAUAUUGAAGGCAAGUCAAAGAAAUCACGUUUUAAGCUUCCCAAAUUUAAUUUUUCGGGCUCCAAAGUUCAGACACCUGAGGUAGAUGUCAAGGUCAAAAAGCCAGAUCUUGACGUAACAGGUCCAAAAGCUGACAUUAAUGCUCCUGAUGUUGAGGUCCAAGGAAAAGUGAAAGGACCCAAAUUCAAAAUGCCUUUCCUAAGUAUUUCAUCUCCUAAAGUGUCAAUGCCUGAUGUGGAGUUAAAUCUGAAAGGUCCUAAAGUCAAAGGAGACUUAGAUGUUGCAGGUCCUAAUUUAGAAGGUGAUCUUAAAGGACCCAAAGUGGAUAUUAAGGCACCAGAAAUUCAUCUGGAUGCACCUGAUGUGGAUGUUCAUGGUCCAGACUGGAAUUUAAAAAUGCCCAAGAUGAAAAUGCCCAAGUUCAGUGUGCCUGGGUUAAAAGCAGAAGGACCAGAUAUGGCUGUGGAUCUGCCGAAAGGAGAUAUCAACAUAGAGGGUCCCAGAAUGGACAUUGAGGGCCCAGAAGUCAAAGUGGAAGGUCUAGACGGAGGCUUAAAAGGCCCCAAAUUCAAGAUGCCUGACAUAAAUAUCAAAGCUCCCAAGAUCUCCAUGCCUGAAGUUGACCUGAAUCUGAAAGGCCCGAAGGUAAAGGGUGAUGUGGACGUAUCUCUGCCCAAAGUUGAAGGUGACCUCAAGGGCCCUGAAGUUGACAUCAAAGGCCCGAAAGUGGACAUUGAUGUCCCAGAUGUGGACGUUCAUGGCCCAGACUGGCACCUGAAGAUGCCCAAGGUGAAAAUGCCCAAGUUCAGCAUGCCUGGCUUCAAAGGAGAGGGCCCAGAAGUGGACGUGAAUCUGCCCAAGGCCGACAUAGACAUCUCCGGACCCAAGGUGGACAUUGAUGUUCCAGAUGUGAACAUUGAAGGUCCAGAUGCAAAACUGAAGGGUCCCAAGUUCAAGAUGCCAGAGAUGAACAUCAAAGCUCCCAAGAUCUCCAUGCCUGACCUUGACUUAAAUCUGAAAGGACCCAAAGUAAAGGGAGAUGUGGACAUUUCUCUGCCUAAGGUGGAAGGUGACCUCAAGGGCCCUGAAGUUGACAUCAAGGGCCCCAAAGUGGACAUUGAUGUUCCAGAUGUGAACAUUGAAGGUCCAGAUGCAAAACUGAAGGGCCCCAAAUUCAAGAUGCCAGAGAUGAACAUCAAAGCUCCCAAGAUCUCCAUGCCUGACCUUGACUUUAAUCUGAAGGGUCCCAAACUAAAGGGUGAUGUGGAUGUAUCUUUGCCAAAAGUAGAAGGUGACCUCAAGGGUCCCGAGGUGGACAUCAAGGGCCCAAAAGUAGAUGUUGAAACUCCUGAUAUUAACAUUGAAAGUUCAGAGGCGAAAUUGAAGGGGCCCAAAUUUAAGAUGCCAGAGAUGCACCUGAAGGCUCCCAAGAUCUCCAUGCCUGACAUUGACUUAAACCUGAAAGGACCCAAAGUAAAGGGGGAUGUGGAUAUUUCUCUGCCUAAGGUGGAAGGUGACCUCAAGGGCCCUGAAGUUGACAUCAAAGGUCCCAAAGUGGACAUUGAUGCUCCAGAUGUGGAUGUUCAAGGCCCAGACUGGCACCUGAAGAUGCCCAAGAUAAAAAUGCCCAAGAUCAGCAUGCCUGGCUUCAAAGGAGAGGGCCCAGAAGUGGAUGUGAACCUGCCCAAGGCUGACAUUGAUGUGUCAGCACCCAAGGUGGACAUCGAAGGCCCUGAUGUUAACCUUGAAGGACCAGAUGGAAAGUUGAAAGGUCCUAAGUUCAAGAUGCCAGAGAUGAACAUCAAAGCCCCCAAGAUCUCCAUGCCUGACUUUGAUUUACACCUGAAAGGUCCCAAGGUGAAAGGAGAUGUGGAUGUUUCUCUGCCUAAGGUGGAAGGUGACCUAAAGGCUCCUGAAGUUGACAUCAAAGGCCCCAAAGUGGACAUUGAUGCUCCAGAUGUGAAUGUUCAUGGUCCAGACUGGCACCUGAAGAUGCCCAAGAUAAAAAUGCCCAAGAUUAGCAUGCCUGGCUUCAAAGGAGAGGGCCCAGAAGUGGAUGUGAACCUGCCUAAAGCUGACAUUGACAUAUCAGGUCCCAAGGUGGACAUAGACACUCCUGACAUUGAUAUUCAUGGUCCAGAAGGAAAACUGAAGGGUCCCAAGUUUAAAAUGCCUGACCUGCACCUCAAGGCACCCAAGAUCUCCAUGCCUGAAGUUGACCUGAAUCUGAAGGGCCCUAAGGUAAAGGGUGAUGUGGACGUAUCUCUGCCCAAAGUUGAAGGUGACCUCAAGGGCCCUGAAGUUGACAUCAAAGGCCCGAAAGUGGACAUUGAUGUCCCAGAUGUGGAUGUUCAUGGCCCAGACUGGCACCUGAAGAUGCCCAAGGUGAAAAUGCCCAAGUUCAGCAUGCCUGGCUUCAAAGGAGAGGGCCCAGAAGUGGACGUGAAUCUGCCCAAGGCCGACAUAGACAUCUCCGGACCCAAGGUGGACAUUGAUGUUCCAGAUGUGAACAUUGAAGGUCCAGAUGCAAAACUGAAGGGUCCCAAGUUCAAGAUGCCAGAGAUGAACAUCAAAGCUCCCAAGAUCUCCAUGCCUGACCUUGACUUAAAUCUGAAAGGACCCAAAGUAAAGGGAGAUGUGGACAUUUCUCUGCCUAAGGUGGAAGGUGACCUCAAGGGCCCUGACAUUGACAUCAAGGGCCCCAAAGUGGACAUUGAUGUCCCAGAUGUGGACGUUCAUGGCCCAGACUGGCACCUGAAGAUGCCCAAGGUGAAAAUGCCCAAGUUCAGCAUGCCUGGCUUCAAAGGAGAGGGCCCAGAAGUGGAUGUGAACCUGCCCAAAGCCGACAUAGAUGUCUCUGGACCCAAGGUGGACAUUGAUGUUCCAGAUGUGAACAUUGAAGGUCCAGAUGCAAAACUGAAGGGCCCCAAGUUCAAGAUGCCAGAGAUGAACAUCAAAGCUCCCAAGAUCUCCAUGCCUGACCUUGACUUCAACCUGAAGGGUCCCAAAAUGAAGGGUGACGUUGAUAUCUCUCUGCCCAAAGUUGAGGGUGAUCUCAAGGCCCCUGAGGUGGACAUCAAAGGCCCCAAACUGGAUAUUGAUGCUCCUGAUAUUAGUAUUGAAGGCCCAGAAGGAAAACUGAAGGGGCCUAAAUUUAAGAUACCAGAGAUGAACAUUAAAGCCCCGAAGAUCUCCAUGCCUGACUUUGACUUAAAUCUGAAAGGGCCAAAUGUAAAGGGUGGUGUGGACCUUUCACUGCCUAAGGUAGAAGGCGAUCUGAAAGGGCCAGAGGUGGACAUUGAAGGUCCUGAAGGGAAGCUCAAAGGACCGAAAUUUAAGAUGCCUGAUGUCCACUUCAAAACCCCACAAAUCUCCAUGAGUGACAUUGAUUUGAACUUGAAAGGACCUAAGAUAAAAGGAGAUUUGGAUACUUCCAUCCCUAAAUUGGAAGGAGAUCUGAAAGGCCCAAAAGUAGAUGUUAAAGGCCCUGCACUGGACAUAGAUACUCCUGACAUUGACAUUCAUGGUCCAGAAGGAAAACUGAAGGGUCCCAAGUUUAAAAUGCCUGACCUGCACCUCAAGGCACCCAAGAUCUCCAUGCCUGAAGUUGACCUGAAUCUGAAGGGCCCGAAGGUAAAGGGUGAUGUGGACGUAUCUCUGCCCAAAGUUGAAGGUGACCUCAAGGGCCCUGAAGUUGACAUCAAAGGCCCGAAAGUGGACAUUGAUGUCCCAGAUGUGGACGUUCAUGGCCCAGACUGGCACCUGAAGAUGCCCAAGGUGAAAAUGCCCAAGUUCAGCAUGCCUGGCUUCAAAGGAGAGGGCCCAGAAGUGGACGUGAAUCUGCCCAAGGCCGACAUAGACAUCUCCGGACCCAAGGUGGACAUUGAUGUUCCAGAUGUGAACAUUGAAGGUCCAGAUGCAAAACUGAAGGGUCCCAAGUUCAAGAUGCCAGAGAUGAACAUCAAAGCUCCCAAGAUCUCCAUGCCUGACCUUGACUUAAAUCUGAAAGGACCCAAAGUAAAGGGAGAUGUGGACAUUUCUCUGCCUAAGGUGGAAGGUGACCUCAAGGGCCCUGACGUUGACAUCAAGGGCCCCAAAGUGGACAUUGAUGUCCCAGAUGUGGAUGUUCAUGGCCCAGACUGGCACCUGAAGAUGCCCAAGGUGAAAAUGCCCAAGUUCAGCAUGCCUGGCUUCAAAGGAGAGGGCCCAGAAGUGGAUGUGAACCUGCCCAAAGCCGACAUAGAUGUCUCUGGACCCAAGGUGGACAUUGAUGUUCCAGAUGUGAACAUUGAAGGUCCAGAUGCAAAACUGAAGGGCCCCAAGUUCAAGAUGCCAGAGAUGAACAUCAAAGCUCCCAAGAUCUCCAUGCCUGAUGUUGACUUGGAUUUAAAAGGAUCCUUAGGCAAGGGUGAUUUUGAUGUAUCUGUUCCUAAGAUUGAAGGGGCUUUCAAAGGCCCAGAAGUAGACCUUAAAGGUCCAGGUCUAGAUGUUGAAGGCCCUGAUGCCAAACUCAGUGGCCCACGUUUGAAGAUGCCAUCACUGGAUAUUUCUGCUCCUAAAGUAACUGCUCCUGACAUUGAUUUGCAUCUCAAGACACCCAAAAUUGGAAUUUCUGGUCCCAAAUUAGAAGGUGGUGAACUGGACUUCAAGGGACCCAAAGUUGAUUUAGAAGCUCCAAACUUAGAUGUACAUGUGGAGAGCCCAGAUGUUAACAUUGAAGGGCCAGAUGUAAAAAUUCCCAAAUUUAAGAAACCCAAGUUUGGGUUUGGGGCAAAAAGCCCCAAAGCUGACUUCAAGUCACCUACACUUGAUGUGACAGUUCCUGAGGCAGAGCUGAACGUCGAGGCUCCUGAAAUUAGUGUUGGUGGCAAGGGCAAGAAAAGUAAGUUUAAAAUGCCGAAAAUUCACAUGAGUGGGCCUAAAAUGAAGGCCAAGAAGCAAGGAUUUGAUUUGAAUGCUCCUGGGGGUGAAAUUGAUGCCAGUCUCAAGUCUCCCGACAUAGAUGUCAGUGUUGCAGGGCCUGACGCCUCACUGAAAGUUGACAUGAAAUCUCCCAAGACCAAGAAACCUAUGUUUGGGAAAAUGUACUUCCCAGAUGUAGAAUUUGACAUUAAAUCUUCUAAAUUUAAAGCCGAGGCAUCUCUCCCUAGCCCCAAAAUGGGGGGUGAAAUCCAGGCGCCUGAUCUGGAUAUUUCUUCACCAGGGAUUAAUGUGGAAGGUCCUGACAUCAAGCUGAAGGCUCCCAAGAUCAAGGCACCAGGUGUGGAUGUCUCAGGGCCAAAGAUAGAGGGCGACUUGAAAGGCCCCAGGGUGCAGGCAAACCUGGAAGCACCUGACGUCAACAUUGAAGGCCCAGAUGCUAAAGUCAAAGCACCAUCAUUCGGCAUUUCUGCCCCUCAAGUAUCCAUCCCUGAUGUGAAUGUUAGCUUGAAAGGACCAAAGAUAAAGGGUGAUGUCCCCAGUGUGGGACUGGAAGGACCAGAUGUAGAUCUGCAAGGUCCGGAAUCGAAAAUUAAGUUCCCUAAGUUUUCGAUGCCCAAGAUCGGCAUCCCUGGUGUGAAAGUGGACGGUGGGGGAGCUGAGGUCCAGCUACCCUCUCUUGAAGGAGGCUUGAGCGCACCAGACGUCAAGCUUGAAGGGCCUGAGGUGUCUCUCAAGGGGCCAAAAGUAGACUUGCCAUCAGUGAACCUCUCUACGCCAAAAAUCUCUGGACCUGACCUUGACCUGAACUUGAAAGGACCAAGUUUUAAGGGAGAUCUGGAUGUAUCUGUCCCCAGCAUGAGGGUGCAUGCCCCUGGGCUUGACCUCAGAGGUGCUGGUGGAAAGGUGAAGGUAGAAGGUGAUGGAGUGAAGGUGCCUGGAACUGAUGCCACAGCAGCGCUUGACAUUGGUGUGCCAGAUGUGACCCUGAAAGGACCAAGCCUGCAGGGUGACCUGGCUGUCUCUGGUGACAUCAAGUGUCCCUCGGUAUCAGUAGGUGCUCCUGAUCUAAGCUUGGAGGCACCUGAGGGUGGUAUUAAACUUCCCAAGAUGAAGCUGCCCCAGUUUGGCAUCUCCGCUCCAGGGUCUGAUGUGGACAUCAAGGGGCCUCAGGUGACUGGAGAACUCAAGGGGCCUGGCAUGGAUGUGAACCUUGGAGGCCUGAACCUGAAAGGGCCUCAGAUCUCUGGCCCUCAAAUCUCAGCGCCAGAUGUGGACUUGAACUUGGAAGGACCAAAAAUAAAAGGCAGCCUUGGGGCCAGUGGUGAGAUGAAAGGCCCCACGGUUGGUCUUCCGGGCAUCGGUGUUCAAGGCCUAGAAGGAAGCCUCCAAAUGCCUGGAAUGAAGUCAUCUGGAUGUGAUGUGGCGCUGCCAGGUGUGAAUGUGAAACUCCCAACUGGGCAGAUUUCUGGUCCUGAGAUCAAAGGUGACCUGAAAGGUUCAGGGAUAGGUUUCCGUGGAGCUGCUCCUGACAUUGACGUGAAAGGGCCUUCAUUGAAUAUGGCAUCUCCUGAGUCAGAUUUCGGUGUCAGCUUGAAGGGCCCGAAAAUCAAAGGAGGCAUGGAUGUUUCAGGGGGUGUCAGUGCCCCAGAUAUCAGCCUAGGUGAAGGGCACGUGAAUGUCAAAUGUUCCGGUGGGGAGUGGAAAGGACCCCAGGUCUCCUCUGCUCUCAACCUGGAUGCACCUACGUUUGCUGGAGGACUUCAUUUCUCAGGACCAAAGGUAGAAGGAGGUGUCAAAGGAGGCCAGGUUGGACUUCAGGGUCCUGGACUGAGCGUGUCUGGGCCUCAAGGUCACUUGGAAAGUGGAUCUGGAAAAGUAACAUUCCCCAAGAUGAAGAUCCCCAAGUUCACCUUCUCUGGCCGGGAGCUGGUGGGCAGAGAAGUUGGGGUGGAUAUUAACUUCCCUAGAGUGGAGGCCAAUGUCCAGUCUGGUGCCGGAGAGGGCGAAUGGGAAGAAUCCGAUGUAAAACUUAAAAAGUCCAAAAUCAAGAUGCCCAAAUUCACCUUCUCCAAACCUAAAGGGAAAGCUGGUGUCGCCGGCUCACCAGAAGCAUCCGUUUCGGGGUCCAAAGGUGACCUGAAGAGCUCCAAGGCCAGUCUGGGUUCCCUGGAAGGCGAGGCCGAGGUCGACACAUCUUCACCCAAAGGCAAAUUCUCCUUAUUCAAAAGCAAGAAGCCAAGCCACCGCUCAAAUUCCUUCAGUGACGAAAGGGAGCACUCUGCUCCUACCACCCCCACGGGGACUUUGGAGUUCGAGGGUGGGGAGGUGGCACUGGAAGGCGGGAAAGUCAAAGGAAAACAUGGCAAGCUGAAAUUUGGUACCUUUGGUGGAUUGGGGUCAAAGAGCAAAGGUCAUUAUGAGGUGACUGGGAGUGAUGAUGAGGCAGGCAAGUUACAGGGGAGUGGAGUGUCCUCAUCCUCUAAGAAGUCCCGACUGUCAUCUUCUUCUAGCAAUGACAGUGGGACUAAGGUUGGCAUCCAGCUUCCCGAGGUGGAGCUGACAGUUUCCACAAAGAAAGAGUAGCCGGCCUCUGUGUGUGUAUAUAUCUGUAUAGAACUCCAUCAGCCUUGGGUGUGUUUGUAUAUAAACUCCAAAGAGAAACACGCCAACAGCCUCAGCGACAAUGCAAAGAUCUGGCCUCUGCCAGGGGCAAGUGCUGAAAAGCCAGCCGCCUUUAGGCUCCUCCCGGAGCCUUACAGAUAGGUUCCAAGUUCUUCGUCCAGCCCACGUGCAAAAUCAGCAGUAUUUGCCUUCAGAUUUCAGUUUUUUGUUUUGUUUUGUUUUCUUUUUUGCAUUGAAUGCUGAGAGCUCCUGUUUACUAAGCCAGCUUUUGUGUUUAUUAUCUUCAUUUUUACUGAACAUUGUUAGUGUGGGGGUCAUGGAAACCCACUUUUUUCAUUGUAAUGACUUUUGGGGGCUUUUGUUAGUAAGGGUGGGGUGGGGUAGAAGGCAGUAGAGGGGAGCCAGACCUUUUUCUCCUACAAUUGGGUCUACUCAAGCAGCAAACACCCAAAGAGGGCUGAGAGGAGCCAGCCGGUGGGGUGUGUGGGUGUUUCUAGAACUGUGUAUCAUUGCUUUUUGUUUCCCCAGGGGUGGCGGUCGGUCCCAGCCUGUUCGGUGCUCACGGGGGAGAGGGAAUUAGAAUCUUUUUGUAAAUUAGGCCACCCACUUGCUCCACACGAGGGCCUUCCAUUCUGUGUGUUGUAAGAGAAAUGUUUUCUUCGUGAUCGCCACGUUCCUGAUAUUAGUUCUGAUUUCCUUUAACAAAUGUUAUUGUGAUUAAGAAAAUUUCCAGCACUUUAAUGGCAAAUUAAUUGAGAAUGUAAGAAAAUUGAUGCUGUCAAGGGCAAAUAAAGCUGUUUAUUAACCCGGA